AUGAAAACAUUGGGGUUUCUGUUACACAAGCUCAUGCUCUUUUGUUAUUCUCCUCUCAACCACAAGGACCUCAAGAGAAUCUUAAAUGAUGUUCUUUGGAUGACAAAAAAUAAGAGACGACACAAUACAAAAUCAUUAAAUGAAGCUCUAGAGAUCAUCAAAUUAGUUAUAGGUCAAAAGUUUUCCUUAGGAUUUUCAUGUUCCGGGACGUUUGGGAAUAUUAGACAGAAAAGUUGGCUUGGUCACGUGAUGCUUUGUUCGUCUUCUGCCUUUACAAUUUGUAAGGUGAACUUCAAGUCUUGGAAAUGGCAAGCAAAUUGUACGUGA